AGCACCAUUCAAAGUCGAGAACUUUCACUUCGAGUAGGACUGCGGCUCCAGCCCUGGAAUCGCAUUACUGCCCUCGCGCGCAAAAAAAACCAUGAACUAUUACAGAUGGAUACAAAUUUAUCUGACAUAAUUUUCAUAAUUGAUUGUUUUUGUAAGUAUAGGGAAGCUUUACAUUUACGAUUUUAUGAGCAUAUGUUAAAGCUGCGAAUUGAUAGAGAUAUGUUUAAUAUAUUUAAUCCAUUCUUCGCAAUGCUUACCUGGACAUUAUGAAGAGACGUCAAAGGAUUUUGCAUGCUUGGGAAAGGAUAGGCCUACAUUGCUGCUAAAUAAUUAUGUUCGCCUCAAUUUAACCACUUGAUAUUGCGCGUGGCUAUCGAACAAACUGAAUCUUGAUUAUUCACCAGCCUACACGCAGCGGCAAUUUCAUUUUUGACAAAAAUAUGAACCGUUUGUGGAUUGCUGUUUUAGUGGUUUUAACCAUUGCAGUUGUACGAAUGUGUGACUGUCGGAAAGACUCAACAGGUGGUGGACAGGGGAUGUGGGAUAAGCUCCCGGCGCGAGCGAGGGGGCAAGGUCACUCGGCAGGGGGAGCGAACGACGCUGACCCCGCCAGACCAUCCAGAGAAAGCUUGCUCAGGUCCUCUCACGAUGAAUCGCACUCCGGUCGCCGGGCUCUGGUGAGCUCAUUAUAUCAACGAGAUAACAGGCACGCGACGGUAAUUAAACCAGUUCCAGCUCCCAGUACAGAAGCUUCCCACCGGGCGGACGAUUCCACGGUCCCACAAGAUACUGCGCGUAGAGCCGCGAGACAGCUCGGCACCCAUCACUCAUCACAGUACAGACCCCGAAUCAUUUCCAGACAGAGCAACAAACCCAGCUCCACGCACAACAGGCUUGCAGGGCCUAAUGUAUGUGGAGGUCAUCAGUGCUGCUCUGGAUGGGCUGUGGCUUCUGGGACCAACCGCUGUAUAAAGGCCGACUGCCAGCCCCCCUGCCAGAACCGCGGCUCCUGCAGCAGGCCCCACACAUGUGUGUGCCGCUCUGGAUUCCAGGGGGCCCACUGCGAGGAGGCGGCCCCAGAGCAGGUGUACAUCCACACCGGAGGGUCCCUGAGGCGCAUCCAGCCAGGCACCAACCCCUUCCAGAGGGAGCAGCCCAGGUGGAGACCCACGGAGAGGCAGGCCAUAGACAACCCCAGCCCUAGGGCCCAGACCCCCAGACCUGAUACCACCAGACAGCCUCUCCAGCCUGUGACCCAAGUGAGGCGAGGACCAGCCGACUCUUCGUCUCCCCAGCGGACUGGGACGUCUCGCACAGUCAAACGAUACCCAUCAUCCACUGGCUCCAUCAUCUCCAACUCCCUGCCCAAUGGGAACGGACAUUACAAUGGGAAUGGUCGUAACGGCCACAGACCCAUCACCAAUGGCCACAACAACAGACAAGUCAACAAUGUAGUGGCGCCAGCAGGGGCCAACCUCACGUCCAACCUGGACCGCAUCAAGAUUGUCUUCACCCCCAUGGUGUGUCGGAGGGUGUGCAGCGGCGGCCACUGCUACAACAGCUGUGAGAAGGGUGACAUCACCACCGUCUACAGUGAGAACCAGCAGCAGCACCAGCCACCCAAGACCCAGGGCUUCAGACUCUUCUUCUGUCAGAUCCCCUGUCUGAAUGGUGGGCGCUGCAUUGGCAGGGACCAGUGCUGGUGCCCAUUAAACUCCACAGGGAAGUUCUGCCACCUCCCGGCCCCCCCUUCUGCCAGACCCACCCUCAGCCGGAAGGACGGCAGCCUGGCUGGACUUAACUCCUCCUCCCACUCCAUGUACACCCUGCCGCUGUCUAAUCAACAAGCCUCUCUACACCCGUCCCUGGUGAAUGUCCACAUCCAGCACCCCCACGAGGCUGAGGUCCAGAUCCACCAGGUAGCCCGGGUCAAGCCUGGCCAGAGACCUGCCACAGCUGAGGGGGGUCACUCUAUACAGCAGCGCUCCCAACCUGGCCAUGGCACCGGAAAUGGGCAUGGGCACUCCAAUGGAAACGGUCAUGGGCAUGGGAAUAGGCACAGAAACGGACACACCUUCGCCAACGGGAAUGGUAGUAGCAACUCCAGACCCCACAGCCGGCAGAACGGAUACGUGGGAAGGUGCUUCCAAGAGACCGUCGAUGGACAGUGUGGGAAGCCUCUUCCUGGCCUGACCAAACAGGACGAAUGCUGUGGAAGUGUGGGAGCCUCAUGGGGCCUGAACAAGUGCACAGAGUGUCCAACCAAACCAACGUAUGCAGUGAUUGCGAACGGCCAAGUGGAAUGCCCCAAGGGUUACAAGAGGGUGAACCUGACUCAUUGUCAAGACAUCAACGAGUGCCUGAUGAGUGGGAUCUGUAAGAACGCUGAGUGUCUGAACACCAGAGGAAGCUACAGAUGCACCUGUAAACCAGGCUACAUGCUGGACCCUGCCAGGAGCCACUGUGUCUCGGACAAGGCUGUGUCGGACCAGAGGGAGAUGUGUUACCGCUCAGCAUCAGCGGGGACCUGCUCUCUGCCGCUCACCCAGCACAUCACCAAGCAGAUCUGCUGCUGCAGCCGUGUGGGCAAGGCCUGGGGCACGGCCUGCGAGAGGUGCCCUCUGCCAGACACAGACCAUUUCAAGGAGAUCUGUCCCGCUGGCCACGGCUACACAUACUCGCGCUCCGAUGUGCAGAUCUCCCUUAGACAGCUGGAGGAAGAGGAACUGAGGAGGACAGGCGUUUCCUGGGAGUCCCAGAACCCUAGCCACCCCCAACUGCCCCAGCAGCCAGCUCAGCCCCCGCAGCAGCUGCCCCACUUCCCACAGACCCCACAGAUCCCACAAUACCCCCACCAACCACAACACCCACACCAUCCACAGGAGAUCCCCCAGACCCCACAGUACCCCCACCAUCCACAGCACCCCCAAGAGCUCCCACAACACCCCCACCAUCCAGAGCACCCCCAAGAGUUCCCACAGCACCCCCAGACACCUCAGAACCCUCAGUACCCUCACAUCCCACAACAGCCCCGGUACCCUCUCCAUCCAGACCCAGACACACAGCAUCCAGCUGGGGAGACCCACAGCCAUCCUCAAGAUGUGGAAAUAUUGAACCCGUCUCCUGUUGCGACCGACUCACCAUUGAAGUACCCAGUAGAUGCAGUAGAGAAAGUCACUCCUGACUCUCCCAUCAACCUGGGACCUGAGUCUGUGGGUCAGGAUACAGCCUUCAUCAACGUGGCCACUCAGGUCACAGAUAUUGACAAGUGCGCCAUCACUCCAACCAUUUGUGGCCAUGGGCUGUGCCUACCAGUGCAGACAGGCUACACCUGCUACUGUGACCCCGGCUACAAGCUGAGCGCGCUCCAGACCAACUGCAUCGAUGUGAAUGAGUGUGAGGAAGACCCUUGUGGAGGGAAGGGCCAUUGUGUGAACACCUUUGGCUCCUACACUUGCCACUGCUACAGCGGCUAUAGCCAGGUCAUCACCCAGAACAGGAAGUUCUGCCAUGAUAUAAAUGAGUGUGACAUGGCCAACAAGUGCCAGGAUGGUGACUGUGUCAACACGGAGGGAUCUUACACCUGUGAAUGCAAGAGUGGCUACGCUAAGUCCUGGAGGGGGCAGUGUGAAGACGUCAAUGAGUGUUUGGACCAAUCGGUGUGCUUCCACGGUAGGUGUGUCAACUCCGAAGGCUCCUACAGCUGUAACUGUUACCAAGGAUACCAGGCCUCUUCGGACAAGAACAGUUGCCAAGAUGUGGAUGAGUGUCUGCUCCCCGGAGCCUGCCUCCAUGGCAGGUGUGUCAAUCUGGAUGGCUCCCACAGGUGCAGCUGUAACCCUGGUUACCAAACCACUCCUGACGGCAGGGCCUGUGAAGAUGUUGACGAGUGUGCUACUCCUAAUGUGUGCCCCGGGGGAAUUUGCACCAACACCGAAGGUUCCUACUCAUGCAAGAACUGCAGCCCUGGAUUUCAGCGAUCAGCGGCUGGACAGAGAUGUGAAGAUGUGGAUGAGUGCUCCCAAGCAGACAUGUGUCUAGGAGGGGUAUGUGCCAACACAGAGGGCUCCUUCACCUGCACCAGCUGUAAGGACGGAUACAGGGUUUUCCAGGACAGGCAGAGGUGUGAGGAUAUUGAUGAGUGCCAGUCUGGGUCUGUGUGUGCUAACGGGAUCUGUCUCAACUCUGAGGGCUCCUACUCCUGCAUCACCUGUCCCUCAGGCUACAGCGUCUCCCUUGAUGGAGAGCUCUGUGAAGAUAUUGAUGAGUGUGCGCUGCCCACUACCUGCCCCAGGGGAACAUGCGCCAACACAGAGGGUUCCUUCAUCUGCACCACCUGCAGGCCAGGCUACAGAGUGACUGAGGAUGGGCUAGACUGUGAAGAUGUGGAUGAGUGCUUGGUGGCUAAUGUGUGCCCAGGCCAGCUGUGUAGGAACAGCCCCGGAUCCUUCUCCUGCAGGAGCUGUGGGACUGGCUUUACCCUGUCUGAGGACGGCACCCACUGCCAGGACAUAAACGAGUGCCUGUCCCCAGGGGUCUGUCCCAUGGGCAUUUGCAACAACACAGAGGGCUCAUACUCCUGUAUGACCUGUGACCUUGGCUUCACGCUGGCGCCCAAUGGGCUAUCCUGUGAAGACAUCAAUGAGUGUGAGGACAGCGGUCUGUGUCUGGGAGGACAGUGCACCAACAGCCCCGGCUCCUACAGCUGCUCCUGUCCCCCGGGCCUGGAGCUGGUGGAAGGGACGUCCUGCAGAGCUGAUCAGUGGAUAGGGACAGCGGUCGAGGUGCAGCGAGAAGUGGAGGGGUUCCAAGUCGAAUGGCGCGUUGAAGCAAGAGUCAGUGUCAUUUGUGACACACACAGACCCCCUCUCUCUGGGGACGUCCUUAGUGUGUAUCACUCGUGGAUUUGGAGGAAAUGGGACAGUUCAAUCUCCUGUUCAGCUGUGGAUGAGUGUCGGUCUGGGGUGAUCAGUGGAGAAGGGGACUGUCUGAACACAGAUGGUUCCUACCUCUGCAUCUGUCCCUAUGGAUACACCACAGGCACCGCAGAGGGAAAUGGCUGCCAAGAUGUUGAGUGCAGUAAGGACGGCGUGUGCUCCCAUGGUCAGUGUCUCAACACAGAUGGCUCCUACCUCUGCCUGUGUGAGGCUGGCUUCAAGUACUCUGCAGACACAGCUGACUGUGAGGAUCAGAAUGAGUGUAAGGAGUAUGGUAGCUCGGUGUGUGGCUCCUGGCUCUGUGAGAACACCAUUGGCUCGUACCGCUGCUUCAUGGGGUGCCAGCCUGGCCUGUAUGGAGAGGACAACCCAGACUGUGAUAUCGAUGAGUGUGUGAAUGAGAACAUCUGUGGGGACCAUGGCUUCUGUGAGAACACAGACGGCUCCUACCGUUGUCAGUGUGACCGGGGUUACACCAACCCCCCUGGUGAAUCUGGUGCCCAUAGCUGUGUGGAUGUGAACGAGUGUGAGAUGAGCGCGGCGCUGUGUGGAGAGGCCCUGUGUGAGAACGUGGAUGGCAGCUUCCUGUGCAUCUGCCCCAGCGACAAUUAUGAAUUUGAUCCCAUCACCAGCCAAUGCCGCCCGCAGGGUGCUACAGAUGAAGAUGCUCCUCCUCCUCCUCCUCCUAAGCCAGCCUCACCCACGGAGGAGCAGAGGAAGGAGUGUUACUACAACCUGAACGAUGCUAACUUCUGUGACAAUGUGCUGUCUCGUAACACCACCAAGCAGGAGUGCUGCUGCACGGUGGGGGCCGGCUGGGGGGACGACUGUGAGAUCCACCCCUGCCCUGUCCCUGGGAGAGAGGAGUAUAACCAGUUGUGUCCACAUGGUAGUGGUCUUCUGCCCCAAGCUGUUUCCUCCCACAGCCUGGAACAGCAGAGUUUCAAAGAUGUGGAUGAGUGUAAGAUGUUUGGGCCAGAUAUCUGUAAGAAUGGCCGUUGCUCUAACAUCUUCUCCUCGUACUCCUGCUUCUGCCGUACAGGCUUCUACUACGACAACAUCCGUCUGGAGUGUGUGGAUUAUGAUGAGUGCCUGAUAGAGAAGACGUGUGUGGGUGGGGUGUGUGUGAAUACCCCUGGUUCUUUCAACUGCUUCUGUACUCCCCCUCUGGUCCUGGACACCAGCCGCUGCAUCAGCGUCAACACCACCGAGGAGGCUUAUGAGCCUGAUGAGGACAUCUGCUGGCAGGCCAUGGCAGAAUUGUAUGUGUGUAGCCAGCCCCUCGUCGGAAGGAGGACCACCUACACAGAGUGCUGCUGUCUCUAUGGAGUGGCCUGGGGUGGACUCUGUUACUUCUGCCCCAGUAGGGACUCUGAUGACUACGCAUUACUUUGUAACCUGCCUAGGAGUGGGGGCUCUGACAGUCUACGAGAGAGGCCAGGCUAUGAGUACGGCCCUGGGGUCGAGGGUCCCUAUGUCCCCCCCUACUGGGACAACUAUGGAGGAGGGCCCAUCACUGGGCCUGGGGGCACCUACUACAAUCCAGAGGAAACCCAGGGCAUCCCCCUGUUUACAGACAAUACCAACGACUACAGCUCACGAGUGAGAGACAGAGAGCCGCCGCUACGCGUCCCCAUCCACCGGCCAAGAGAGUUCCAGCCUCACCCUGUAGACUCUAACAAUGACCGCUAUGAUGGCUUUGAAGGCCUGCGAGCAGAGGAGUGUGGUAUCCUGAACGGCUGUGAGAAUGGCCAGUGUGUGCGUGUGAGGGAAGGUUACACCUGUGACUGCUUUGAUGGAUACGAGCUUGACCUCACCAAAAUGGCCUGCAUCGACAUAAACGAGUGUGAGGACAUCAGUGAUAAAGUGGCGCUGUGUAAGAAUGGGGCCUGUAACAACACUGAGGGGUCGUACAAGUGCACCUGCCUGCCUGGCUUCCAGGCCUCCGCCAAGCCCCAUGAAUGCAUCCCAGAGGUCCCAUUGUCUGGCCUCAGAGAGAGAGUUGCAGGAAACUGAGAGUGUAACUGUUGGAGGUUCUUCUCUCCUCCCUCCACCACCACCCCCCACCCUCAUCCCAGCCCUCUCACAGGGCCUGGCACUAAACCUCCAUCAAGAACGCUGAAACGUCCAUGCUUGUCCCCUAAACACACACACACACACCGACACACAUACCAUUCUCUCAUUGGCUCUUUCAUAUUUUCUCUCUACCACACACAUACUCAUUCACAUUUCCACAGGGGACCAGAAGCUAUGCAGUGAAUGUAUUCCAUGGGAUAUCCUAUUUCUUAAGAUUUGCAUUUUGCCUUAAAGGGAUUUUAUGAGGACUGACCUUUUAUUCAGUGACCACAGACAGUUUGCUAUGCAUACAUAUUUUCUGCAUUGUUUUUCUCCUCCAUUUGUCUUUUUGGUUGAUUAUUUAUUUCAUGUACAUGACAAGGCUCUGCAAAGUUACAAUGAAAACCAUUUCAGAGGGCAUAUAUGAUUUAUAUUGUCUUAUUUGUCAGACCAAUAGACUUUACUAAUGAUGAGGGGAAACAGUAUGAAUCGUUUUUGAAGUUGGAUAACGAAACCUGGAGGAAGCUGAUUGCAUGCCACAUGUUAUAUUCAUAUUGUAACAUAAUAAUCACAUUGCUAUACAGGGAAUGUCACUUUGAAACCACUUUUUAACUUGUAUUUGGGAUGCUUUUGUGGUCAGCGAGGCCUAGAAAAAUAACCAACCACUCCUUCCACUGGUCUUCUGUGUUUCUCUGGGUCUUGAAAAAACACUUGGAUUUGCAUAACAGUCCUCAGUCCUCAUCUUCCAAGCUAAAAAGGCUCAUCUGGUGGCAAGGUAGUCUCGACCAAGAACGGGGAUCAAACAAGGUCUAGCCCAUCUUCAUAGGCUGUUACAAUGUUGCUUUGAUCUGUCACCAGUACAAAGGUAUACUGAAGAAAAAGAGAGCAUUGUGUAUGGAGCAUUGUAAGACAGCAUUGAGUAUGGGCUUGGAAAGACUGUAAAUGUAUAUGAUGGUCUAUGAUAGAUACAGUGGCUUGCGAAAGUAUUCACCCCCCUUGGCAUUUUUCCUAUUUUGUUGCCUUACAAC